AUGAAGAGCUACAACAAUGUACAGUUAGCGGAAGAGACUGUAGCUCACCACCAAGUCCGUGCUCUGGAGCGUGUUUGUGCUCAGAAUGGCGCUGACAUCUUCAUUGAUGAUAAAUACAAUAUCUAUGAUGCUGAGAAGACUUAUGAGGUUAAAGCUUUUAGCGAGAGGGAGAGAUGGAGAAUACUUUACUGCUGA